AUGGAUAUUCAUACAGAACUGAUCCAAAGGGAUCCCAAACUCUUUAUCAAUGCACAGCUCAUCCACAGUCCAGACGUAUUCAAAGUUUAUUAUAAACCAAACGAUUGUUAUUUAAUGUUAAGAAAGACUGAUUUGAAAGAAUACGAGAGCUUAGACUUCAUGAGAAAAGAAGUACUUUUAUGUCAUAAACUAAAACACAUUAAUCUGUUGUCAAUUAUAACAUCGUUUACCGUCGGCUCAGAUCUGUGGACAUUGACUCCAUAUUCUGUCUUCGGUUCGUUAUCUGAUGUAUCGAAACCGUUUGGUUUGACUGAACAAUGCAUUUCUCUGGUUGUCAAAGAUGUCUUAAACGGUGUCCAAUAUCUGCACAACAAUAGUAUUGUUCACCACUCUAUCAAAGCUUCUCAUAUCUUAGUGUUGGGUCGACCGGAUACUCAAAUGCGGUGCGUUUUGUCGGGUCUCAAGUACUCUGUCAGUGCCAUACGUGAAGGUAAAGUCAUGUAUCCAAUGUAUGACUUUCCGGUUCACACCGAAAGGUAUAUCAAUUGGAUGGCACCGGAAGUACUCGAACAAAAUAUGAUGGGAUACGACACAAAAGCAGACAUCUAUAGUAUAGGAAUCACGUGCUGUGAGCUCUGCAACGGAUCCAUUCCUUACAGAGGACUCGAACCGUCCGAAGUUUUGCUCAGCAAACUCAACGGCGAUAUACCUGAGCCUUUGGACAGUACAUGUGCUGGACUGAACCAAUUGACCAAAAAAGGUGACAAUAAAGAAGAAAUUAACAAAUACUUAGAGAGCAAACCCGAAGAGAAGCUCAGAUAUGAGUCAUUUCUCCAAAGAACUUACAGCAAAACAUUCAAAGAAUUUGUCAUUAAGUGUUGUCUUCAUCCGGAACCACAUAAACGAUAUAAUGUCACUCAACUUCUUGGGCAUCAAUUCAUUACGAAUAGUGAUUGGAUUGAAUGGUUUGGUGGUAAACAAAAUCAAAACCAAGUACUACUCGAUUCAUUCAACCGCAAUGGUAACGGAAGAUCUUUUUCUCUCUAA